CCAAUUUAUAGAAGAUAAAUUUAAUGAACUUCUAUAUGAACCAUCUGGAGAGUUCGAUAAUUUCUGCCGAAUGAGUUAUGCUGAUUUUGAGUUUUUGCUGCAGAAAAUUUUACCAAUGAUUUACAAGCAUGAUACCGACUUCAGAGAAGCUAUACCAGCUAAAUUUCGUCUUGCCAUAACGCUACGAUUUUUAGCAUCUGGUGAUUCUUACAAAAGCCUACACUACUUGUUUAAAGUAUCUGUCCCUAUGAUAUCAAAAAUCAUUCGUGAAGUUUGCCAAGCUCUUAAUGAAGUUUUAAAGGAUCAAGUUAAGAUGCCCACCACAGCAGAAGAAUGGCUUAAAAUAGAAAAUGGAUUCAGGACCAAAUUUCCACAUUCCAUAGGUUCAUUGGAUGGCAAGCAUAUAGUCAUAGACAGCCCAUCUCAUAGUGGAACAGAGUAUUUCAAUUACAAGAAAAGUUUUAGCAUUGUCCUUUUGGCAUUAGUGGAUAGCCAACAUAAAUUUAUAUUCGCAGACAUAGGGAGUCAAGGAAGAAUAAGUGACGGUGGAGUUUUUAACAAUUCGUUAUUAUGGCAAAAAAUCUCUAAUAACGAGAUAAAUUUUCCCUCGCCAUGUCCACUUCCAGGAUCGAAUAUAAAUGUGCCUUACAUAUUUUUAGCUGACGGUGAUUUUGCAUUAAGUAAACAUGUAAUGAAGCCCUACCCUGGAAACCAUGACGUCGGUUCACCAAAAAGAUUAUUUAACCAAAACUUAUCCCGCUCCCGAGUUGCAGUAGAAAAUACGUUUGGAAUUUUGGAAUUUGUCGAAACUUGCGAUGACUUGUGUAUUGCUACAUAA